CUGAAUUCAGUUGUGUCAUUAUAACAGGGAAGAAGGAAACUGCGUUAGAGAUGCACUGCAAGUAGCUUGGGGCUUGGCAAUUUACAGAAGUGUCGGUCGGGGUUCACGCUGUAAUCUCCGCAUUCGCAGUUAAAGUUAAUCGUUUGAAUUGGAAAUGGCUGGAAAGAGACCGGCCGGUGUUGCCAUUGCACAACAAGGACCCGGAAAAAUGAGCUCCAUUCCCCUCUCUCGGUCCGAGGUGUUUGGGGAGCUGCGGAAGGAGCUGCAUGAGGAUGAGGAGUUCCGUCAGUCCGACGCUCACAUCUUCAUCAUCAUGGGAGCAUCGGGGGAUCUAGCCAAGAAGAAAAUCUACCCAACUCUAUGGUGGUUGUUUAGAGAUGGGCUCCUUCCUGAACAGACUCACUUUGUGGGCUUUGCCCGCUCUGACCUCACGGUGGAUGCCAUCAAAACUGCCUGCAUGCCCUAUCUGAAGGUGGCAGACUCUGAGGCGGAGCGGUUGUCUGUGUUCUUCAGCCGUAACUCCUAUGUCAGUGGGAAGUAUGCGGAUGAGAGUGCCUUCUCCAACCUCCACACCCACCUGUUGUCCCUGCCCGGGGGUGGUGAGGCCAACCGCCUCUUCUACCUGGCCCUGCCGCCCAGCAUCUACCACGAUGUCACCAAGAACAUUAAGCACCACUGCAUGAGCACCAAUAGGGGCUGGAACAGGGUGAUUGUGGAGAAGCCGUUUGGUCGUGACCUGCAGAGCUCUGAGGAGCUGUCCACCCACCUCUCCUCCCUGUUUACUGAGGAUCAGAUCUACCGCAUAGACCACUACCUGGGCAAGGAGAUGGUGCAGAACCUCAUGGUCCUCAGGUUCGGGAACCGGAUCUUUGGGCCAAUCUGGAACAGGGACAGCAUAGCGUGUGUGGUCCUCACCUUCAAAGAACCCUUCGGCACCCAGGGCCGAGGUGGCUACUUUGACGACUUUGGCAUCAUCCGUGAUGUCAUGCAGAACCACUUGCUCCAGAUGCUCUCUCUGGUUGCCAUGGAGAAGCCAGCCUCCACCAGCUCUGAUGAUGUCAGGGAUGAAAAGGUGAAAGUCCUGAAGUGCAUCGCCCCCAUUACCAUGUCAGAUGUGGUGUUGGGGCAGUACGUGGGCGACCCAGAGGGAGAGGGGGACGCCAAGCUGGGUUACCUUGAUGACCCCACUGUCCCCAAAGGCUCCACCCAGGCCACCUUUGCCACAGCUGUGCUCUACGUGCACAACGAGCGCUGGGAUGGGGUUCCCUUCAUCCUGCGUUGCGGCAAAGCCCUGAAUGAGCGGAAAGCAGAGGUCCGGUUGCAGUUCACCGACGUCCCGGGGGACAUCUUUGGCGCGCAGUGUCGUAGGAAUGAGCUGGUUGUGCGCGUGCAGCCCAACGAGGCCGUCUACGCCAAGAUGAUGAGCAAGAAACCAGGCGUGUACUUCCACCCCGAGGAGACGGAGCUGGACCUCACCUACAAGAGCAGAUACAAGGAUGUGAAGUUGCCCGACGCCUACGAGCGUCUCAUCCUGGACGUCUUCUGUGGCAGCCAGAUGCACUUUGUCAGAAGUGAUGAGCUGAGGGAAGCCUGGAGGAUCUUUACGCCUCUCCUUCAUCAGAUAGAGAACGAGAAGACUCCCCCCACACCCUACAAAUAUGGAAGCCGGGGUCCAACGGAAGCGGACGAGCUCUCAAAGAGGGUCGGUUUCCGUUACGAAGGAACAUACAAAUGGGUCAACCCCCACCGACUGUGAGGGAGGAGAGGAAGAAGAGGGAUGGGUAGAGGAAGAGGCAGAGUGGUGUAACGUUGCAAUACUUUUGAAUGUCUUUGGGUCUGGUGGUUUCUACUAUUGCUCUUUCCUUUCCAGACCUGUCACGGCAACCGUCGAGAAAGACUAGGAAAUAUGGAAAGGAAGCUAUUUAAUAGUAUUGGAGCAUAGCCUAGGUCUCAGGUACUACAUUAAUGCUCUGGUGUCACUUGUAUCUGUCAGGUCUUAACUAGGGAGGGAGGAGGUGCUUAACCACUGGGGAACAAGGGAAGAGCGAGCGAACACUAGCCCAAUUCUGUUUCAGCUUUUACUUCUCGUCAUGGAUUCAAAAGCUGAUUGCGAUCCAAUUCGCUACCCUUCACCCAGAAGUGUGCACUUAUUUCCAACAUACUCAUCACACCAGUCCAUCCCAUAAGGGGGGGGGGGGUGUACAAGUGCAAACUUCGGAAUGGGAGAGUGGUAGAGAACAGGACUGAUUCCAUUGAAUGGGUGUAAGCAUGGGCUGGAGAGGUUUCCACUUUCUUCAGUACACACUUGAGGCAGAAGGGAGAGAAACAGAAUUAGGCUACUCUUAGACAAAACAUUCUACAGCUCUGUGAUCAGCUAGUGAUCAUAGCUACCAAAAGUUAGACCUGGGUGUUUUUACAUGGAGACUGAGAACAAAACAUGGAUAACCUGUUUUUAAUGGUGGGAAUUACAAUGAAUGUCUACCACCCUCUGCUAUUACCACCUGUAUUAAAGGGGUACUUUGGGAUUUUGGCAAUGAGGCCAAAACUCGUGGAUACUAUUGUCUCUGUGUCCAGUAUGAAGGAAGUUAGCGAUAUCAUGGUCUCACGAAACUAACUACUGUAGUGUUCGCACGAAUGACUGGCAUGGCAUAAUCUUUGAGACAAGCAUAUGCUUGGCUUAAUCUUUGAGACAAGCAUAUGCUACUGGCAGGAUCAAACAGGUAUCUGCCAUUAUGCUAGUAGAUACCUAUAGACUUCCAGUCAUUGCGCUAACGCUAGUUAACGUUUGCUUGCCCGACUACCUCUAACUUCCUUCAUACUGGACACAAAUGGUAGCCAUGAGUCCAUCUGACUCUGGGGAAGUAAAUAAAGUGCCUCAUUGCUAAAAUCCUAAAGUAUCCCUUUAACAGAUUAAGUGUUUUUCUAUUAAUGUAAUCUUUGUUUUUCUUAUGCUAUUUUGGACCAAGCAAAAUCAUGAUUGCAUAAUAAUUGUUGCAUUGAAGUGGGUUUAAAACAUGGUGGUUGAAUGCAGGGGUCAAUAUUUUCUGCAGGCAGUUUCCUCUCCAAUUUCUUACAAAGCAAAAUUGUACUAGAACAAGGCUUUAGUGUGCUUAAUUCCAAGAAAAGAGCUGUGACUGUUUCAUUCCUUUUUGUUUACAUUUUCAGGCCUAUUAAGUUACUGUUUUUUGUUUAGAAACGGCAAAGUCUGUCACAGGGUCAACAUAUGAUGCCAUCUUUAUAAUGACGUACUGUAUUGCUAUAGACCGAACAUUCAUGUUAUAUUUCCAAACUUGCAAUAAACCAGUAAUUUCUGCAGUGUGCAUUCUCAA